AUGUCAGUCUCUCGCUUGGGGGUUUCAGCAAUCAGCUUGAUCUUUACGGCUGUGUGUUUCUUACCACUGACUAUUGCCCAUGAGCACGAAGACCUUGAAGAUGGCGCGGCUAUAUCUGAUGAUCCAGUCGACGGUGUUUUGUUGGCGCAUAUAGCUGCCAUGUUUCUCGCAUUCGGAAUAAUAUUUCCCGUUGGAAUGAUUUUUGGGCUUAGUCGUUCUCGAUGGCAUGUUCCUUUCCAGAUAACGGGAUCAGGCUUAGUGGUGCUUGGAUUCCUGUUGGGACAUGCUCAUGGUGGACGCAAGUUUAGCGCAGGAAAUAUUCAUUCUGCAUUUUCAACGAUCGUUCUUCUUAUUCUCAGUGGUCAAGUUGCGCUGGGAGUGUAUUUGAAAUUACACUUGGAGAAAGGUUUUAAUGGUCUGGUUCGGCCAGUAUUUGUAGCAACGCACAAGUUAUUUGGCGUGUUUCUUCCCAUAAUUGGUUAUAUACAGAUGGUAUUCGGUGUAAUAACACUUAAUGGAUGGUGUAGGAGUGAUCACGAUCAUACUGGACAAUGUUUGGCCCACUUUAUAAUGGGUUCCUCAUUUAUCGGAUAUGGAAUCUUGUUGCUUGUCCUGCUUAAAAUUGGCGGAGGAUGGCUUCGCAGCAGGAACAAAUCGCAAGAAUAUUAUGACAGUUGGGUAAUCAUGUUAUGGGGCAUUGUUAACACGUGGACUGAACAUCGAUGGAAUCAGCCAUGGACUCACAAAGAUCUUCAGCAUACGGCUCUUGGAAUAAUGUGGUGGGCAGGCGGAUCAGCGGGAAUAUAUGCAUCAAGAGGCGGUAAACGUAAUAUAUUUCCAGCGUUAAUAAUAUUCUUCACUGGAUUUGCCAUGAGCAAGCAUCAACAAGAGCUUAUGAUAUCUACUAUUAUACACGCUGUAUUUGGAUAUGCCUUGAUGGGUGCUGGUGUCAUGAGAGUCAUUGAGAUAUGUUUUGUAUGGAAGGAUGAUGAUAAGAUAAGGCCAUUUCAGUAUCUAUCACCAUAUUUAUUAAUACUCUCGGGCUUUUUAUUCAUGGGCGCAAAUGAGGAACAGAUUGCAUUCCUACAAGAAGCUCACUUUGAUCCAUAUUCAUAUAUAUUGGUCCUCAUUUCUCUGGCAUUUUUAGUCCAUCUGUUUACCGUGUUCCUCUAUGAUUUAUAUCAGACAACUGGACGUAAUGCUAAAGACAAACGCUAUUUGGAACCAAGAUUGAAUGGACGUCAUCUGCCAUUAGUCACAGAUCGUGCUGUUCGGACUCGAGAAAGCAGCGGCGAGAACGAGAGGAUUUCGCGCAAUAGCGAGAAUUACGAGCUAAAUUCGCUAUUGAUUAAUCACAUGGCGGAUGACGACGAGUAG